AUUGUAGUGAAUUUUUCGUGGUUAACAAAAAAUUCCAAAGCACGCAUUUUGCGGCAAUUUUCGCAAAUUAACUUGGUUUUAAAUGCAUUUACAAGCACAACAUUGCAUAAAAAAGAAACAUAUAAGAAAACGAAUUGAGUUGAAAUCUUGAAUACACUAAAGCGCUGCAAAAUGUCUCGCGUUGUACGUCGCAAACAUGUGCUUAAGGAAAUGAUGGAAGAUGAUUUCGAGCUGCCCACCGAGAAGCAACAAAUUGUGCGGGUGGUCAGUAGUCGUGGCAAUAAUCUGCACGAAGUGGAAACAGCCGAAGCAAAUACGGAAAAUUUCCUAGCAUCUAUGCCGAAUAAGUUUCGUAAAAAUGUUUGGGUUAAACGUGGUGAUUAUGUGCUCGUGGAACCCAUCGAAGAGGGUGACAAAGUGAAGGCAGAAAUUUGUAAAAUCCUCACACCCGAACACAUAAAGGAAUACACCAAGGCGGGAGUAUGGCCAAAAGCGUUUGGCAAAAAACGUGAACACGAACAAGUAGAAAUGGAUAGCGACGAAGACACAGACGGUGAUGACUUGUUGAUGAGAAAUCCCAAUAGACCGCAGGAAGAUUGUGAUAGCGAUGAAGACGAUGAUGGGGAAGAGAACACAAGCGAUGACGAUUAAAAAUGUCAUGCAGCGUUACGUAUUGCACGCUGCAGCAACCUCAGCCAUUAUUCUAUCAACAAAUGUGUGCUUUACUGUGCUAUUAACUAAUUUGCGCUAUUUUUGCAACUAUGCAAUUGCGUAUGUAUAUUAUAAACUAUUUAGAGCUAAAAUAUUUCAGUAAUAUGUUAAUUGAAUAGGUUUCUAGGUUUUGUAUUGUAAUAAAUAGGAGCGAAACAAAA